CCCCUAAGAUUUGUUCUCUCCUUCAAGGCUUGAAUACUCUCCCUCUCAAUUGGGGGCCCCAUACCCACCAUGUCUCAACCCAUCACCCACCGCCACCUUACCCGUCCCACUCCCACCGCCCCACUUCUCAAACAAAAAUCAUGGUCGCCGGAUUCUCACCGUGAAGAAUUAUGGGCCCGUCGGAAACAACUCAGUGGUCCUCGUCGUACCAAGAGUUUAACCGAUGAAGAUUUAGAAGAACUCAAAGCUUGUUUUGAACUUGGAUUCAGAUUUGAUUCACCCGAAAUGGAAUCCGAUUCAAGAUUAUCUAAUACUCUCCCUGCUCUGGAGUUUUACUAUGCUGUUAAUCGAAGCUAUAACGACGCCGUUUUAAAGUCUAGGAAAUCGUCUUCUUCGCCAUCGUUAUCGCAGUUGAAUACUGCUUCUUCUUCUUCUUCUUCGACGGAAAGCGAUUCGGCUAAUUCUUCUCCAAUCGGCAGCCCUCUCACCUUGUUUUCACCUGGGGAUGAUCCAAGUACAAUUAAGACAAGGUUGAGACAUUGGGCACAACUGGUUGCCUGUUCAGUGAAGCAAUCAUGGUGAUCCAACAAGCUUUCUAAUUAUGAAUCUGCUGCUUUAAACUAUCACAUUUCACAGGGGUUUCAUUCUUAGUUUGUGCAUAGAUUAAAACUUAAUUGACCUUAAAACUUACUUUAUGUAAUCUUAACAAUGCUAUAUCUCAGUUCUUCUUACCCACCAAACUUUUUUUUUACUUGACAUAAACAAUCAACAGUUUUUAGGUGAUAUAUAUCUCUCUUUGCACUCAAUUAGCUUCCCCAAUUUUGGUUAAUCUUUUGCUUCUCAAUGCUUGUAUCUUGAUGUGGACAUCCGAGUUAAAUUAGGUCAAGUGGUGUUAUUUUUGAGUUAUCUGCGCAUUUAAU